CUAGUGUCAGUUGACACUUUUAGGUAAAUGACGAAGUAGUCAAUCAUAAGGUGACACUAUCCAGUUGAAGACAAGCAUUCGGAGUGGUUACACGCUGCGGUUAUCAACAUGAAUCCGUCGAGAGAUAGAGGUAGAAAAAUAUUAAUGCUAGCAAUUCAAAACAAAGAAAACUGUUCAGAUCCUGAAGCCUCAACAUCUAAUGUAAUCAGUUUGCCAACAACAAGCAACCAUACAUAUCCAGCUGACAAAGAAAACUUCUGCGACGACGAUGAUGGUGACUUUUCACCUGCUUCUGAUGAUGAUACAACAUACGUGCCUUCAAAGAAAACAUGCCGUAGAUCAAGCUCAAGUUCAUCUUCGUCUUCAAGCUCCUCAUCAUCAUCUUCAUCAUCAUCAUCUUCUUCUUCUACUUCUAUUGCAUCCAAUCCACCAAAUAUUCUUCAAACCACCACUCAAAUUUCCAAUGUAAGUGACAAUAAUUUGGAAUUGGUUAAUGACUGUAUGGAAGUGAUUUCAAGUAACCAAAGUCGUGGGUAUGUAGACAAUAAUAUUGCAGUAGACAUUGCACCAGCUGUUGAUUCGCAUCACCAAAACGCUGGGAUCGAAGAUAAUGAUAUUGCAGUAGAUAUUGCACCAGCUGUUUAUUCGAAUAACCAAAGUGCUGGAAACGAAGAUAACAAUAUUGCAGCCGAUAUUCCACCAGCUGUGGAUAGUAUUGAAAAACCAAAGAAAAAGAAAAAGAACCAAAGGGUCGCCUAUAUCUCUAAGAAAUUGAAAGACAGCGGAAAAGAAUACGUUUCAAGCUCCAAAACGAAGAAGGUUUACCCAGCAAAGUUCCUAAAACCAACAUGUAAGUCGACGUGCCGCUUAAAAUGCUCAGAAAGUAUUAAUGAAGAUUUGAGAAAGCAAAUAUUUGAAGAUUAUUGGGCCAUGGCUUCACUAGUAAGACAAAGAGAAUACAUAGCUCGCAGCAUGGAAGAAAUUAAGCCGAAGUAUCAAUAUAAGAGAGUUGAUUCCAAUAGAAAGUUGAAGAACGCUUUUUAUUUUAAUUUAAAUGGUACUAGAACUAAAGUAUGUAAAACAUUUUUUAAGAAUACAUUGGAUAUAACCGACAGAUGUAUUAGAACUGUAAUAGAGAAGAAGAAUAGUACAACAGGUAUAUUGAAAGGAGAAGAAAGAGGUAAGCAUGGACAGCAUAAAAAAAUACCGGAAGAUUUGACUGAAGGAGUUAAACGACAUAUUAAUAGCAUUCCUCGAAUUGAAAGCCAUUAUUUAAGGCAACAAACGACAAGAGAGUACAUCGAUGGUGGAAAAACCUUAACAGAUAUUUAUUUUGAUUAUAAAGAAGACUGCAUAAAGCAAGGAUUACCCUACGUAAUGAUACAUACCUACAGAAAAAUAUUUAACGAACAAUUUAACAUUGGUUUCUUUAUUCCAAAAAAGGACCAGUGUGAGCAAUGCUCUAUAUACAAGAUCGCAGAAGGUAUUGAAAAAGCUGCUCUGAAAGAAAAAUACGAUCAACAUUUAGCAGAGAAAGAAAAGAGUCGUGAAGAAAAAGCUAAUGACAAAGCAAUGGUGUCUUCUAGUUUUAUUGUCGCAUGUUAUGAUUUGCAAGCCGUGAUGACAGUACCAAAUGGUGAGAUUUCUACGUUUUAUUAUAAGUCUAAAAUAAAUUGCUUGAACUUUACCAUCUCUGAGCUUAAACUGGACAAAACUGAGUGCUUCUUCUGGGAUGAAUCUCAAGGACACCGAGGAGCAAAUGAAAUAGGUACUUGUGUAUUAAAGUAUUUGCAAAAAAAAUCAUCUUGUGCCGACGAAUAUCUAGACAUAACUUUUUACUCUGAUAAUUGCUGCGGACAGCAGAAGAACCAGUAUAUUAUCGGAGUGUAUAUUUACGCAGUCCAAUACUUAAAAAUUAGGUCCAUAACACACAAGUUCCUGAUACGUGGUCAUACACAGAAUGAAGGAGAUGCUGUACAUUCUGUAAUUGAGAAACAAGUUAAACGGUGUCUUAGAUCUGGAGCCAUAUACGUACCUUCGCAAUAUGUUUCUGCUAUUCAAAGCGCUAAAAGACAUGGAACACCUUUCAUUGUAAAUGAAAUGGGUUACGGUGAUUUCAUAGAUAUAAAGCAACUACCAGUUCCUAGACUAAAUAAAGAUGUAGAUGGUCAAGUUGUAAAGUUGUCGGACAUAAAAGUUAUUAAAAUUGAUAAAAAUGAGCAUAAUGAGAUUAAAAUACAGUACAAGACAUCGUAUUUUGAUGAUUUUAAAGAGCUUGAUUUGAGUAAGAGAACAAAUAGAAAUAAUCGUCAUACAGAAGUUACAGGACUCAAACCGCUUUAUCAGCGUAAAUUAGAAAUAUCCGAAAGAAAAAAAACUGACGUAAGGAGCCUCAUUAACGCUGGUUUGAUUCCCAGUUAUUAUGCCCCCUACUAUGAAAGUAUAUUUCAGUAGUAUUAUUUAGAAGUGUAGUAGGUAUGUAAUGUAUACGUACUAAAUUAACGAUAAUUUUGAUACAACCUGUGAAUCUCAGACGAUCUCACUAACUAAGUACCUAGAUCAGUUUAUUUUCUAGAGGAGUUUAUCUUUUAUUUUGAGAAUAAUAGUUUAUUUUUUAAGUUUAAUUUUGUUACUGUUGUAAGGUUUAAUUGAUACCGCCAAAAAUUGUGAUUUAUACAUAAACUUAAACUUUAACGAAAAACGUUACAUAAUUAUAGUGUUUCUUGAUUGUACUGAUUAUAACUUAAUUGUUUUUGAUAAAUAAAUAUUUUUUCUUGUUUCUAU